AUCGCGAUUGGUACUCGGCAGCGGACGAUUUUCUGGCCAGCAAACUAAUUAAAGUGCAAUAAAAUGUGCGUUAGGCAAUUGCGGGCGUCUGGCGAACAAAAACAAUUUGGCGGCCGCGCGUGAUAAUCCCGCAGUCUUAUCGGCGGAAAAGGUUUCUGGGUUCAUCGCCAGCGAGGACGAGCGUGGAAAUUCCGAUUUUGUAUUAUGCUCGAGGCCCGCGAGACGCUUCUGCGAAACAAAAGCUGCCAAAAUUCGCAUCACCAGCCAGGCGAUUUUUGAUAGAUUCGUGGGAUUCGGGGGAGAAGUGCGAAAGUAAUUUUAAAUUUUGUUUAUAUGAGCGAGCGGCGGUAUUUGCGAAUUUCGACCAGUUCUCUCUUUCGCUUACGCUUCCUCUCACGUUACGCGCCUUCCGUUCAGCCGUGUGUGUGUUUAGGUGUGUGUGUGACAGUGACGUAAACAAAUGUACAAAACGAAGAAGUGCAAGAAUUUGUGGAAUGCCGAUGUCGAUUCACGUGCCAGAGGCCAGAUAAACAAAUAAUCCAAGAUCGAAAGCAGUAGCCAGCCAUAGAGUAUUGACACACAACGUGGUUUUGGGCCCUCUGUUUUGCGCCUCACAUUCGUUGCAUUUGGCAGGCUCAGCUGUGCAAUUUCGCAGUGGUGUUGGUGAGCGCAACACGUUUGUGUUCGAGAGAGAGAAGGAAGUGCUCGAGAGUGGGGGAGUUUUCUGCGUAAACUCCUCUGCCGGCGUCGGCGUCGCCCACGGCAGCGUGCGUCAUUGAUGCGACAGAUAAGACGGCGGUGACCUACUGAAAUGGCAGUCAAUGCCUGAUACCGAGUCAAGAGUCUGGAACUGGGCUCCACCACCAACUGGACUGAUAAUGGCCGCACUCACAGCAGUGGCAAGAGCUACGACAUCCAGAGGCGGGCGACACAAUGGCCAAACAACAUGAAUAUUUAAAAAUUUGGAAACAUAUCAAGUGGCGAAAUGAAAAGUAAACAAUACGAACCGACAACCAGAAACCAGAUUUAUAGAAAAUAAUCAUAUUCGUAGAGUUUAUGAGAAAAUUAAGGUAGACACUCAUGCCGCGGAGGAAUCAAGUGCCAUAGAGAACACGAGUGUUUGCUUAGUCAGUACGAGCUACACGCGUACGAGACAUAUCUGCCAAUUAUUAUAGAAGGACUCAGAUGUACAUAUAACCACCGGACCACCACAGACCGCAGAGAGGCAAGCAGCAAUAUGACAAUAUCAGACAGCCUCCAACAAAAUAGCAAUGCCGGUCGCAAAUAUGAAAAACUCAUUAAGCAGCCGCAGAUGCAGUUGGGAACCUCCGUGACCGGAACUCAAACGGAUGCGGAUGCGGAUGCCAGUGCGAAUGCGGAUGCAAAUGCGGAUGCAAAUGCAAAGAACUUUGGCAAUUUCAAUAAGCAUUUUGGCAAUGGCCAUGCCACCACGGAUCGCACAAUGCUGCUGCCUUUGGAGGACGCUGGUGGCGCCGCCGCCAGCAACAUUGUCACGUACAAGGGGAAAUCAAAUGGAAAUGGAAAUGGAUAUGGAAGCGCCACUGGAAAUGGCAACGGGAGUGUCAGCCUCGAGUUUAACGGCAGUCCAACCUCAUCAAUGGCCAGUGGUAACCACCUGGCGAGUUGCUGUGGCGGUGGCUCCUCCUCCUCGGAGGCGGGCGGAUGGAUGUGCCAUUGUUGUGGCUUAAUUGCGCGUCGCUGCUUUGGCUUCAACGUCCGGAGAUGCGUCUUCGCUUUGCUGGCCAUUACGGUGGUUAGCAUUUUCUACUACACGCAUUACGUGGAUACGGGCGUUUUUAAUGGCCUUAUUCAACGCGAUACUCACCCCGCGCCCAUCAUCAACUGCAGGAUGAUCAAUUCCGGAGGGAAACACGUCCGAGAUGCCUCCCCAGCACCGGAUCAUCGCUCCGAAGCCCGGCUGCGCAUCGAUCCAAAGGUCCUGGUCUUUGUGGAGACCACAUACUCCGGCCUGGGGCGGGACAUUGCCGAGCUGCUCGUCUACAAUCGAAUCAAAUACAAAAUCGAGGUGGCCGGGAAGAGUCUUCCAGUUCUCACCAAUCUGGACAAGGGCCGGUACGGCGUGAUUGUGUUCGAGAACCUGGACAAGUACCUCAACAUGGACAAGUGGAACCGCGAGCUGCUGGACAAGUACUGCCGGGAGUACUCGGUGGGCAUUGUGGGCUUCGUGAGUCCCAGCGAGGAGACCUUGGUGGGCGCCCAGUUGCGGGACUUCCCACUCUUCGUGAACACGAACCUGCGACUGAGGGAUGCCAGUCUGAACCCCGCCUCGUCGGUCCUCCGGCUGACGCGAGCAGGCGAAACCGCCUGGGGGGCACUGCCUGGCGACGACUGGGCGGUCUUCCAGCAUAACCACAGUACCUACGAGCCGGUGGAGUGGGCCCAGAGGAACACCCAGGAGUACCCGGCGGACAGUGUGGGCCAAGUACAAUUGCCCCUGACGACGGUCCUCCAGGAUCGCGGGCAGCUGGACGGCAUACAGAGGGUACUUUUCGGCAGCAGCUUGCGUUUCUGGCUGCACCGCUUGGUGUUCCUCGAUGCCCUCAGCUACCUCAGCCAUGGACAGCUCAGUCUUAAUCUGGAGCGCAUGCUUCUGGUGGACAUAGACGACAUAUUUGUGGGAGAGAAGGGCACGAGACUGCGGCCAGACGAUGUCCGGGCGCUGAUAGCCACGCAGAAGAACAUAGCCGCGAUGGUGCCAGGCUUCCGGUUCAACCUCGGAUUCUCCGGGAAGUACUACCACCACGGAACGCGGGAGGAGAACCUGGGCGACGACUUCCUCCUGCAGAACGUCCAAGAGUUCAACUGGUUCUCGCACAUGUGGAAGCACCAGCAGCCGCAUCUGUACGACAACCUGACGCUCCUGAUGGCCGAAAUGCAGCUGAACUACGCCUUCGCUCUGGAGCACAACAUACCCACGGACUCGGGGUACUCCAUAUCACCACAUCACUCGGGCGUUUAUCCCGCCCACGAGCUGCUCUACCUGGCCUGGAAGAAGGUGUGGAACGUGAAGGUGACGUCCACGGAGGAGUAUCCCCACCUGCGACCAGCCCGGCUGAGAAGGGGGUUCAUCCACCGGAACAUAAUGGUGCUGCCCCGACAGACCUGUGGCCUGUUCACCCACACCAUGUACAUCGACCGGUAUCCCGGGGGGCGGGACAAGCUAGAUGAGUCCAUACAGGGCGGGGAGCUCUUCCAGACGAUAGUCUACAAUCCCAUCAACAUCUUCAUGACGCACAUGUCCAACUACGGCUCAGAUCGCCUGGCCCUGUACACAUUCCAAUCGGUGAUCAAGUUCCUGCAGUGCUGGACCAACCUGAAGUUGGCCUCGGCGCCGCCCAUUCAGCUGGCCGAGAUGUACUUCCGGCUCCACCCCGAGGAGGUGGACCCCGUCUGGGGCAACCCCUGCGACGACGUGCGGCACAAGAAGAUCUGGUCGAAGACCAAGAACUGCGACUCGCUGCCCAAGUUCCUGGUGAUCGGGCCCCAGAAAACAGGCACCACGGCCCUGUAUACAUUCCUUUCGAUGCACGGCAGUGUGGCGAGCAACAUCGCCAGCCCGGAGACCUUCGAGGAGGUGCAGUUCUUCAACGGGAACAACUACUAUCGGGGCCUGGACUGGUACAUGGACUUCUUUCCGUCGGAAGCGAUGCCGAACACCAGCUCUCCGAUGCCCACGCAGCUGGGAUCGCCGCGGUUCAUGUUCGAGAAGAGUGCCACCUAUUUCGACGGAGAGGCGGUGCCGAAACGGGCUCACUCCCUGCUGCCGCAUGCCAAGAUUGUGACAAUCCUGAUAUCGCCGGCGAAGAGGGCCUACUCCUGGUACCAACACCAAAAAGCCCAUGGCGAUGUGAUAGCCAACAACUAUAGUUUCUACCAGGUCAUAACGGCAGGCGACUCCGCACCGAGAGCGCUGAAGGACCUGCGAAACCGCUGCCUGAAUCCCGGCAAGUACGCCCAACACCUGGAGCACUGGCUGGCCUACUACCCGGCCCAGCAGCUACACAUCAUCGACGGCGAACAGUUGCGCCUGAAUCCCAUCGAUGUGAUGAACGAGCUGCAGCGCUUCCUCAAAAUCCAGCCGCUGCUCGAUUAUUCAAAUCACCUGCGCUACGACGUGAAGAAGGGCUUCUACUGCCAGGCCGUCAGCGAGAAGCGCAAUAAAUGCCUGGGCAAGUCCAAGGGCCGUCAGUACCCGACGAUGGAUGAGCGCAGCGCCAAGCUGUUGCAGCGCUACUAUCUGAAUCACAAUACGGCGCUGGUGAAGUUGCUCAAAAAGCUAGGCUCGCGGCCCAUUCCUCAAUGGCUCAAAGACGACUUGUCCACGGGCACGUGAUAGCAGCUGUUCACCGGAGGAUUAGGAGGCGGCAUGGCAGUAGGAGUGGCAGAAGGCGGAGCCGGAGACGGAAGAGGAGCAGGAGGAGGAGGAGGCAUUAAAUAUCGCAAAUUGCGUGCAAAACUCAGGAAGCAGCUGCAUUGGCUGCAUCGUCUGGCGGCAGUGGCGGAGGCGGAGGCGGAGGCGGAGAACGUUGAAAUCUCGUCCCAUCUGACAGGAUGAAAACAAAGCAGUUACACCAGGAGGAAACAAAAAUUCUAAAUAUAAGCUGCAGAUGUAGAAAAAAGAUAGAAUAGAAUAAGGAGAAAAAUCCGUAACAUAAUUAGUCGCUUUUAACGUGCAUAAAUCCAUUAUGUUUGUUGCUGUUGCAGCUAAUUAAUGUCCCUGCAGUUGUCAGCUAAAGUUGUACAGUCAGUUGUGUGGGAGUGUGUGUAAAUAGAUAGGAGUGUGUGUGUGUGUGAGGAUGUGCGCUAUAAUGUCGCCUGUUUGCGCAUUAUUAAUUAUCAUAAAUAAUAUCAUGAGGCAUCAUGAAUAAAUGCAUAAAUGCGCUUUGUUAGUUGUUUAAUGUUUAUUAGUUCGUAAUGGCAAAUUAAGCGCCUAAUUAAGUUUACGCACAAUGCUCUGCUCUUUCGUUAUUACCUCAGAUACACCAAUUCAGCUCACGGCCUCCUAAAGACUUUGAUCAGAGCACUAUAUCUAUAUAUCCACAAGGCAGCUGAAAAACAAAUAAAACAAAAAGCGAAUGAAUCGAAUUAGAAUUUUAUUCAAAUCCAAGCCAAAACUGUGUAAUGUUUUCAGCAGUCUGCGAGUCCUACAUAAUCCAUUUACAUUCUUAAUUUCAAGUUUUAACCUAAGGCUGCUCUACGUCCUAAGUGUACCAUAAAUGUUUUUAGCAACUAACCUGUAAACUUUCAGUUUUAUUUAAUUUAGUUAAGCAAAGCUCUAUGUAUAGUUGGAUAAAUGCGUAAAUGUAAACUAGUUCAAGUUUAGAUUGGUAAUACGACAAUAAUAAAAGCGAAAAUUAUUGCAAGCA